GGGGGGUUGGGGUUUGGGGGUCCCGGCUCUUUCCUUGACCCCUCCCCCACGCCCUGGACCUGUGGAUGAGGCUGAGCCGGAGUGAGGAGGGGGAUGGGGACCCCCCGGCGGGGGAGCCCCGAGGGUCCCUGCUGUACCUGGUGCCCCCCGUUCUGGUCUCUUGGGGUGCGGGGGGUGCCCUGUACCUGUUGCCCGUUCGGGGUCAGGCCGUGGCCACCCAGCACUUCCCGGUGGGCGAGGCCGAGGCCGUGGUGCUGGCCCUGAUCGGGAUCUACGUGGCCGGGAUGGCUCUGCCCCACAGCACCCACAGGGCGCUCUCAGGUGGUGGCCAGCGCACCUGGAUGAUGCUGAAGCUGCUGGCCCUGCUGGCCCUGGCCCUGCUCCUCACCUGCCUGGCCCUGCUCAACUUCUCCCUGGGAUUCCUGCUCGGGGUCACCCUCGUGCCCCCCGCAGCCGCUGUGAGACCUGGGGGCAACAGGUUACCCCUGGCCAUCCUCCUGGUGCUCACCACGCCGGCGCUGUCGCUGUUCCUGGCCGUGCUGCUGGAGCGGGAGCUGCUGGAGGCCCCGGCGGGGCCAGGUGAGGCCUGGCAGCGAUUCCUGGGGGCGCUGGGCCAGGGGCUGCUGCAGGAACACCUGCACGGGGCACACCUGAGCCCCCUGCUCUGCCUGGGAGCCUACCCCUGCUGGCUGCUGCUCUGGAACGUGCUCUUCUGGAAGUGACGGACGGACACGCGGGGGGACGGACACACGGACGGACACCUGGACGGACACCUGGACGGACACCUGGACGGACACCUGGAUGGACACACAGACACAGGGAUGGACACCUGGAUGGACACCUGGAUGGACACGUGGAUGGACACACAGACACGGGGAUGGACACCUGGAUGGACACGUGGAUGGACACACAGACACGGGGAUGGACACCUGGACGGACACCUGGAUGGACACACAGACACAGGGAUGGACACCUGGAUGGACACACGGACAUGGGGACGGACACACGGACAGAUCUCCAGCAGGGACAGACCCACGGACAGUCCCACAGAGGGACCCCUGGACAGUGACAGCCCUGGAGGGGCCCAGGGACCCCCCCAGACCCCCGGACAGACAGACGGACACAGCCACGGACAGACAGACGGACAGAGCCAGGGACAGACAGACGGACACAGCCACGGACAGACAGACGGACAGAGCCAGGGACAGAGUGAUGGACAGAGCCAGGGACAGAGUGACGGACAGAGCCAGGGACAGACAGACGGACACAGCCAGGGACAGACAGACAGACAGAGCCAGGGACAGACUGAGGGACAGAGCCAGGGACAGACUGACGGACAGAGCCCCGGGGUGCCCUCUCUGUGCCCCUGCCCCGCACCGGGACCCCAAACUGGGGCAAUUGGGAGGGGGCGGGGCUUUUUAUUGAUGGGCGUGGCUCUGGUUUUUUGUGGGCGUGGUUUUUAUGGAGGGGCGUGGCCUAUCCCUAUGUGCGUUUCCCGCCCUCCGCCAGGGGGAGCCGCAAUAAAAGAGCUGAACCCCC